CACCUGUUCAUUUUGUGACUGAAGAUCUGUACCCACUGCUCUGUGUUCCUCCCCGUCUGCCCCACUGCCCCCACAGUUCUUUCCGUUUUUUACAUGUCGCUAUUUUAGAUACACAUAUAAGAGGAAUCAUAGGGUAUUUGUCUUUCUGUGACUUGUUCAUUUCACUUCGCAGAAGGUCCAGAAUUACCUUCUUUUCUAAGAUAGAAUAACAUUCUGUUAUGUAGAUGCCACACGUUCUUUCUCCAUUCCUCUCUGUGGACAUGUGGGCGCUUGACUCUGGAGAACAACACUGCAAUGGACGGGGAUGUGCAAGUAUCCUUCGUAACAUUGCUUCCAAUUCUUAUGGAUGUACAAUCAGGAGUGAGAUUGCUCCAUCACGUGGAGUGCAGGCCCUGAUCUGUCAAAGGGGGACAGAUAAUUCUCUGAGGAAUGUAUCGGAACUGCCCCUUGAGUGGACGACUGGCCUGGAGGAAUGUGAGGAUGGCUGGGGUUGCCAAGACACGCUGAUCCUCAUUGAGAACGGACCCCAAGUGUACGUGGUGAUCAACAAGGGAUGCACCCCUGUGGCAGAUCAGGAUGUCCUCAUCAGGGAGCACAGUGCAGGCCCUGGCCUCACUGUCCUCUCUUACACCCGUGUGUGCCGGGAGAAGGACAAAUGCAACAGCAUGUCCACCAGCCUCCCGCUCUGGACCCUGCCCUCCACUGCAGGCCCGAGCUCCCUGAGGUGUCCAGUCUGCUUGUCUACAGAAGACUGCAAGUCUGCCACAGAACUGACCUGCCCAGCCGGAAGCACGCAUUGCUACCGCGGAGCAAUCAGGCUCAGGGAAGGGGAUAGCUUCAGCAUUCUGAGAGUCCAAGGAUGCACGUCCCAAGCAGGCUGCAACCUGCUCAACGGGAUUCAGAAAAUCGGGCCCAUCGAAAUGAGGGAGGACUGCAGCCCUGGUGCUUUUCUGACCUGUCAACGGGGGCUCACGUUGUACAGCAAUCAAAACCUGUCUCAGACGCCCCUCAGGUGGACCACAGGUCGCUACGAGCUUUGUAGUGUUGGGGAGGUGUGUCAGGAGACACUUCUGCUCGUCGAUGUAGGACACAAAUCAAUCAUAGUAGGAAGCAAAGGCUGCAGCAAGGGCAGGACGCAGGAUGCCCCUAGGAUCACCGUACACUCGGGGCCCCCUGGAGUGCUGGUGGCCUCCUAUGCCCAUUUCUGCUCCUCCAACAGGUGCAACGGGGCCAGCAAUACCAACGUCCUGUUGAACUCUCUCCCUCGUCCAGCUGCCCCUGCCCCGGGAAAUCUGCAAUGUCCCAUCUGUGUGAACAUCUUUGGAUCCUGCCCAGAAAACCCAAAAACUAUUAUAUGCCCCAAUGGCACCACUCAUUGUUACAGUGGUUACAUUAAGAUCCAGGGAGGUGGGAUACACUCUGAAUUGAACAUUCAGGGCUGCGUGACCCAAGCUUCCAGCUCCUUGUUGAACGAUGCCCGGAAAAUUGGGGUCUUCUCUGUGAUUGAGACCUCUGAGGAAGAGCUGGAGGACCUUAUUCUCCAAGCUGGAGCGGCCCCCGUGCCCUUACUGGCUUGGGUGGUGGGGCUUGGACUAUCCCUAGCUGUCUGGUGUGGGAUGCCUCUCUGCUGACCCCAUUUCCCUAUGAUUCUUAGCUCCUUGCUGACCCCCUAAACCAACCUUCCUUCUGACCUCAUAACCAAGCAGCCUUGGAUGCUGAAUUAUUUCCUUGCCCUCUCCAUGAAUCAUCAUCCCUCAGCACACCCACAUACUUCAUGGCCUGAUAACAACAUAUAGAAGCAGCUGGGAAAAGCUGAACUUGACCUCUGGGAGAGGUCAAGAGUGGCCACAUGUGUCUGAUAAUAAAGACAUUGUCCUU